CAUCAAUCACUGUCAAGAAUAGCAUGCUCGGAUCGUAAACAAUUCGUAAUUGUUUUAUUAACACCUUUCAAACCGUGAAAUAAAUCGCCUUCAAUUGUCUUCCGUUAGUAAGCCUUGCAAAGGAUUUUUCACAAUGAUUUACAGGUUUUUUAACAUUUUUGUCCUGGUAUGGAGUAUUCAAAGCAAACCUGUUGUAGGAAGAGAAAACCGGAAGUGGGCGCGUCAAAUCAACGAAAUCAGCAUCAAACCGGAAGACACGGCGAUCAAAGUUGUACUAGCUGGAAAUAGCUUAAGGAAAGUGAACGAAGUAGACGGACGAGGGAUCGAUGAAGGAGAGUUUGAUGUAUGUGCCGACAUUGAGAUGAUUCUCGAUAUAUCGUGUUCCUUAUCUCAGAGAAUAAAGGAAAGAUCACGCGAGAUUGUUAAGAAGAUAACCAGGUCACUAUUGGAGGGAUUUAGCCAUGGAAACAACGCCGUGAGAAUUGGACUCCUGACCUACGGAGAACGUUACACCCAUGAACUUUUCUUCAAUAAUACCGCCUCUAUCGACGAAACCAUGGAUAUAAUAGACAAAAUUAACCUGAGAAGAUCAGAGGGUGACAUAUGUAGGACAUAUACCCACAAGGCAUUAGAGCAGGCUGUUGAGGUUUUCAAAACUUCCAAACAUACAACAAAGAUCAUACAUUUAUACACUGACGGCUUGACGGUUCUCAGAAGAUACAGAGAGGAUUUAUAUAAAAUCAAGGAUAAACUCAGAGAGGAUGGCGUGAUUAUUAACGUCAUUCAACAGCCACAUAGGAAGGGGAAAUACGAGGAAGAAGAAUAUAUUGAACUGCCCCACUCCGCUGAUCACCUCUUCAAAGGAACUGAUCCCGAUAUCGCUAACUUUCUCGUCGAUCGAAUCUUAUUUGACGCUCCUUGUUUCGAUAAUAUAAAAUAACUGCUAUGGUGCACUUCGGAGAUUUCGAAUCUUCAAAAAACAGAUGGUUUGGUAUGCUGGCAAUGUUCAUUCUGUAGAUGGCGUAACUGGUAACGAUGUGCAAAUCGAACGCCACAUUUUACUUGUUUUCCUAUCAAACAGAAUAAAUAAAUUGUAUACUGGUUCUUAGCACGUGG